UUCCCUUAUAAACCAUACACAGGAACCUUGUUUGGGCUGUCUGUGGUUGGUUUGUUGGGUUGCGCUGCAUGUCGGUCUGCGUACAUAUUUUCUUGACGCAGGAAAAUUGUUUCUUUGUUCAUGUUUCUUUGGCUCUUCUACACGCGAUCUUUAUACAUUUUGUUAGUCUAAUCCUUAACAGAAACGUGUAAACUGUAAUCAGAAGACGAUAGGCGAAAGAUUUGGUGAAAUUCCCGCAUAGAAUAAGCAGGUCUAAAAACUGGCAGCUAUAUAACUGAUGUGGACCUGCAUAUCAUCGUAAUCAUCGAUAAUCAUCGUAAAAAAAAMCCCAAAAAACUGCUGUCAAAAUGGGCAGUACCCUUUUUAGUAAUUUGGUUACUACAACAAUUCUUACGUGUCUUUUGGUGAGGUACUUGAAUGCAGCACCAGUUUGUAAUUUUAAUAAAUUAAAGUAUAAUGAAGUUGGACUUGGUUUAUGUGGUUCUAAUGGUUAUGUCACAUUAUGGCAUUGCCCCUCGUGUCAUCCUGGUUAUGGAGAAUUAGAGGAAUGUGGGAGAAGGUAUCCUGAAGGGACUAAAGUUGGAUGUGUUGAAUGCAUUGCCAAUCAUACGUACUCAGACACCUACGACAUUAGUCAGUGCAAGCAAUGUACUCGUUGUCAAGAAAAUGAAGUUCAGAGUGGACAAUGUACACAAGAAAAUGACACUAUACGAUGUACCUGUAAACGUGGUUAUUAUAGGGACAGAGGACACUGCAAGCCCUGCAGCCGGUGUUGUGGGGAUAAGACUAAUGAGAAGGUACCUGAAUGUAAUAUUCCACAAGUAGUGCCAAUGGGAAAACAAUGUUCUUUACAGACUGCAAAAAAUUGUGCUCCAACGACUCCUGCACCAAGUACCAUAUCAAUUACUACUUAUAGUGGUGGAAAGGAUAGUGGAGAGAGCACAUUAUUUCAAAACAAUGCAUGGAUUACAGGAACAAUUGUCGUAGUGGUCAUUAUCUUUCUCGCUCUGCUGGCUACAUUUUGUUGCUGCAAAAGAAGCAGUAAGUUUUUAUAACUACUUACCUUUUUAUAAUUAUUACUAUGCAGUAAAAAAUCUCUUGUGACAUCUUUCUUGACAGCUACUGUGUAGUUCCAUAAAAUAUCCAUACCCCACCCACAAAGUAAAU